ACACAAUUCCACACUCCAUCAGUUCCACACACUGUUCCACACACACAGUCCCACAUUCCCACAGUCUCACGGCCCCACAAUUCCACACACACAGUUCCACACUCCCACGUUCCCUUAAAGCUAACACUAGGAAGAAGACAAUCAUGUGGAGCAUCUGGAAACAACAGCCACACCACCCAGGAAACAAAAGAGGUUCCUAUAUCUACCCUGCAUCACUCCUGACGAUGGAACACAAGACCUUCACCUUAGUAACACUCGUGACUCUUGUAUUCAUCUUCGCCACGUCUUUGAACCUUCUGACAGAGACGCAGAGGGAGCCAAUACACCAAACAUACCAAACACGGCCACGGGAACCAGGUCUAGAGGGAAACAAGACGAGUGAAAUGAGUAACGUGUGUCGUGAUGUGUUUGAGAUUGGCAAGGCUUCCAGGAACAUGACAGAGUGGAUGGCUGACGCAGUGGAUGUCAUCAGGGACAGGAAGACCAAGAAGUUAUUUGUACCAAGCGUUUAUUACGAGUAUCUGGGCUAUGACUCUCCCUCUAUGGUGAACGUCGUGAAUGACAGCACAGGCCUUCUGGGAACCAACGUGACUCUGGCCAAGGAGUGGCGCAUGGAGCAGUCUGACGGUCACCUGCCACACCUGUCCUGCCGUCUGAGGAACUUCGACGCCCCGGAAGUGGAUAGGUGUGUACGGGCGCGCAGGAAUGCCGGCAAGAGAACCUGGAUAACUUACAUCGGAGACUCAAGGAUCAGAUUUCACGUGGAAGUGUUGAUUGACCUCCUGCGUGACCUGAGACCCAAGAUUAUCACGUAUAAGGGCGAGGAAGUGUCCAUAGAAGAUUUCCUUGGCAUGAAGGGACUGCAAGAAUGGACUAGAUACAAACAUAACUUCCGCGUGGAGGUGGAGUUGGAGAGGUCAGGUGGCGCGAGUCUUGUGAUAACCUUCCAGUGGGCUUCCCUUCUCGAGAUGUCCCAGACCCCGGCCAAUUGGGACAAAGACAGCGUGAAGGUCGGAGCCAAGGAGUACCUGCACAAACUGACGGAGACACCAGACGAAGAGCUGCCGGAUAUGUUGAUACUAAACACCGGCGCGUGGCAGUUGGUAGAGCAAGCGAGGACAGACAUAGACUUACUGGACAAGAAGGCAGUGAUUGUGAUGUCAGAGCUCCGGCCUGUAUUGGCUGCCCUCGCCACACGCAUGACUGUUGUGUGGGCCCUUCCUGAUACCUUCAAAGAGUACAUCAACCAUAAUAUGAACAGCAACGGGCACUUCACCAGACAGACGAACAGGAUGCUGGAAUGGCUAAGCAACGCCCAGACCUCCUUGCAGCCCCCGGGAGUCAUCGUGUGGGACUCCUUCCUGCCCCUCGCCCAGCUGUCCCUCAUAGACUGCAUGAAUAUUGUAGGCCACGGAUUGGAUCAGGAAGCUCUUCCCAAUUAUAAGGUUUUCAGUUCGCAUAUCUCGUGGGAGUGUUCGGAGAGGCUUCACACCGGCAUUGAGGUUUUAAGUGUUGCUGUUCAGAUGAUGUUAAACCACGUCUGUAAUCCUUUUCUUCCCGGUCAAUACUGCUGUGGUAGAUAAUUUGCUGAUUAUUGUUCUUUCCCUUGUUAAUUUUGUGUUAUUUAUCUACUUGUCUCUUUUUUUUUUUUUUUUUCGUUUUCAUCUUAGCAAUCAUUUUUCUUCUCAUUUCUCAUCUUCAUCUUCUUCCUUCUUUUGUUUUUAUUUUUUCUCUCAAUCUCUUCAUUCUCUGUGUUCUCCUUUCGUUAUUGUAUCUUUGUUAUAAUCCAUUCUGUCUUCUUCAUUUCUACUCCUUUCUUUUCUUUUAUCUUCGUUAUAAUCCUCCACGCCUUCUUCCUUCUUUUGUUCUUGUUUACUAAGUUAUUUGGGUUUAUGUCUGUAUUUACGUCCUCUUUCAU